UAUUUAUCUUCAUAUACAGAACUUAAGAAAUUAGAGUAACCUUUAUUAAAUCAUUUAUUAAGUAAAACGAUGGCAGAGCUAGCAGCUUCCUUUUGUCUCCUCUCAUGUGUCGUUGUCUUGUGCUUAAGUUCAGUCUCGGCAGUCACAGAUGAUGGUCAACAUAAACAAGUGUAUGUUGUCUACAUGGGUUCACUACCGUCUCGACUGGAAUACACACCAAUGUCGCAUCACAUGAGUAUUCUUCAAGAGGUCACCGGAGAAAGUUCGAUCGAAGGUCGUUUGGUGAGAAGUUACAAGAGGAAAAUGGAAGGAGUUGUUUCUGUGUUCCCGAGCAAGAAGUUACAAAUCCAUUGGACUGCGUCUUGGAAUUUCAUGGGGUUAAAAGAAGGAAAUAAUACAAAGCGAAACUUGGCCGUAGAAAGUGAUACUAUCAUCGGCGUCAUCGACACCGGGAUUUGGCCGGAAUCGGAGAGCUUCUCCGACAAAGGCUUUGGUCCUCCUCCUAAGAAGUGGAAAGGUGUUUGUUCCGGCGGUAAAAACUUCACUUGCAACAACAAAUUGAUCGGAGCAAGAGACUACACAAGCGAAGGAGCUAGGGACAAUCAUGGCCACGGUACACACACAGCGUCCACUGCGGCUGGAAAUGCAGUCGCGAACACAAGUUUCUUUGGAAUCGGCAAUGGAACGGUAAGAGGCGGCGUUCCAGCCUCUAGAAUCGCUGCUUACAAAGUAUGCACCGAGGACGGAUGUACCUCGGAUGCUAUACUGUCUGCUUUCGAUGACGCGAUCGCAGAUGGUGUUGACCUCAUCAGCGUCUCCCUCGGCGGAUCGCCCGACAGGUACGAAGAGGACACGCUUUCAAUCGGGGCUUUUCACGCUAUGACCAAAGGGAUUCUCACUGUUCACUCGGCCGGUAACAGCGGUCCGGAUCCGGCCAUGAUUGGAAGCGUGGCACCAUGGAUCUUAACCGUUGCAGCCAGCACCACGAACCGUGCGUUCAUCACCAAAAUUGUUCUCAAAAACGGAAGCACACUUGUCGGGAAAUCAGUGAACUCUUUUGAUAUGAAAGGAAAGAAUUAUCCACUUGUGUACGGAGAUUACGCCGAGAAAAAGAAAGAAAUAUUGGUGAGCGUAUAUUCAUCUAGUUCAGAUAUAGCUGUUGCAACCAUAACUAGAGACCGUCAAGGCUUUGCAGCCGUUUGCCCUAGGCCCCUCUCUGCUCUAUCAAUGAUGACUUUGACACUCUUGCCUCUUACGUUAACUCCACAAAGUAACAAACAAUCUUCUCUCUUUCUCAUACUCUUUCUGGAUUCUCCCUCUUUGUCCCAUCCACAAGGCACUCUUCUAAAAACUGAGGCAAUUUUUAAUCAGAAAGCUCCUACAGUUGGUUCUUUCUCAUCUCGCGGUCCAAACACCAUCGCUGUUGACCUUCUAAAGCCGGAUAUAACAGCACCGGGAAUAGAGAUCCUCGCUGCCUAUUCACCUGAUGCUGAACCGUCUCGAGAUGACACUAGACAUGUCAAGUACUCUGUUCUCUCUGGAACCUCAAUGUCUUGUCCGCACGCUGCAGGAGUCGCUGCGUACAUCAAGACUUUUCAUCCUGAAUGGUCUCCUUCCAUGAUCCAAUCUGCCAUCAUGACAACCGCUUGGCCAAUGAAUGCUUCUGAAACUGGCUAUGCAUCGACCGAGUUUGCUUAUGGAGCUGGACAUGUGGACCCAAUAGCCGCUCUAAAUCCUGGACUUGUCUAUGAACUGGUCAAAGCAGACCACAUUGCCUUUCUCUGCGGAUUGAACUACACUUCAGAAACCCUUAAACUCAUUUCUGGUGAAGCAGUCACUUGCAGUGGAACAGUUUUACCAAGAAACCUCAACUAUCCUUCAAUGUCGGCUAAGAUCCCGGCGUCUAAUAGCUCCUUUACCGUGAAUUUUAAAAGAACCGUCACCAACCUUGGUACCCCUAACUCUACAUACAAAUCAAAGAUUGUCUUAAAUCACGGAUCUAAGCUCAAAGUCAAGGUCACGCCUAGUGUGCUAUCUAUGAAGUCAAUGAAUGAGAAGCAGUCUUUCACGGUGACUGUUUCAGGCAGCGAUCUCGAUUCUGAACUGCCUUCGUCUGCAAAUCUUAUCUGGUCUGAUGGAACACAUAACGUGAGAAGUCCCAUUGUUGUCUAUACUUAUGAAUUAUGAUAACCGAUGAGGCAUUAUCACUUACCAGUUCACCAUAGUCACCAAUCAUCAUAAUAAAACCAAUCUGUUUGUUUCGCACCGUCUUUUGCACAGUCCCCG